AUGGUGCUCAUUAAGAGGGAUUCAUAUAGAAGGAAAUUGCAUGAAUACAUUAUUAGUACAGAAUCACUUAUUGCACCGAAUAAUUUUUUAGAAGCUUUACAACAAAGGGUGAGAAGAUUUACGCUAACCCCUUUGGCCUGUCUUCUGGAUAUGGAGAGGGCUGUUGUGCAGACCCCGAGAACCCCAAGAAUUUUCGCGUUCGGAAAGACACAUAAGCCAGGAACACAGCUGCGCCCUGUUGUGGAGAAGUGUAAUGCUCCUACGUUCAAGUUGGAGAAACAACUGGUUAAGUUUAUACGGAAAAAUAUGCAAGACUCGCCUUUUUCGGUAAAAAAUGCGGUGGAGUUGCUAAGAAAGUUGGAGGAUGUCAUGCUUAUGGAUAAAGAAUGGAUGACGGUUUUAGAUUACAAAGCUCUGUACCCGUCAAUUAAAUUACCUCCCUGCUUUUGCGCCCUGAGAGACUUUUUGUUAGCAAAAAUUAGCAAUUCUAUGAAAUACCACAUGGAGAUCUUGGAAUUGGCGGAUUUAGUAUGCCACACAUCUUUCUUUCAAUUUGAAGAUAAAACUUACUUACAGACACGGGGCGUACCGAUGGGUAGCCCCAUGUCAGCUAUACUCUGCGAAUUAGUGUUGCGUAAUCUCGAAAAUGAUAUACUCCCCUCAUUCCAGGAAGACAUAUUGGCUUACGCAAGAUAUGUGGACGAUAUCUUUAUUUUAUGGAAAGAUAAUCACAGAGUUAAUCAGUUUUUAGAUCGGAUCAACGACAACCCGUAUGGGUUAACUCUGGAGCUGGAACAAGAAAAUGGAAGCAUUGUUAAUUUUUUAGAUUUAACUAUAUCUUGCAAAGAUGGUGAAAUCGGAACAGAUAUAUACCGGAAACCUACUUAUCUUCCUAUCGUCAUUCCUAGGAACUCCGCAGACCCUGAGCAUAUAAAAAUGGCCGUUUUUCGUUCGUGGAUAAGGAGGGCACACACGCAUUGCACCAGCGUCUGCGACACUUACAAAGAAUUAGAGUAUAUAAAAAACAUGGCGAUGCAGCAAGGAUACCGUAGAGAAAGAAUAGAUGCCCUCAUCGCGAAUUGUCGGAAGCGACUCCCCUCUCAGGGAGGGAAUCAACGCAAAGAGAGAAUCGUACUCAAUUACAUACCGUUCCUUAAAGGAAUGGUUAAGAAAGUUACCAGGGAUAAGGAUGUACGGAUAGUUUACAAACGUAAUCCCACCGUAUACAGGCUCUUAAGGAACGAUAAAGGCAAUUACGAACGCAGCGCAAUGGCAGGGGUGUACUCUAUACCAUUAAAAGACCGUAGAUUUAACACCAAUCUAGUGUACAUAGGGGCAACCUUAAGAAACUUAAAGAAAAGGAUUGCUGAACAUAAGCAAUCAGUCAAUAAAAACAUAGACUCUACGGUGCUUGCGGCCUUUGCCAAGCAGCAGAAUAUCGAAGUCUUUUGGGAUCGGGCGUCGAUCAUUAAAGCCACAAAAUCCAGGCAGGCUGUGAAACAUCUGGAAAAACUAGAAAUUCACAAGGCGCAAAUGCACACAAGCUGUAUUAAUCAUAGGGAUGCUGAUGGAUUAUCGUCGGCAUGGAAAUAA